ACUUAACUAAAUGGACAUCAGAGUUGCAAACUCUAUACACACUGCCAUGGAUGCUCUCAUUCGAGUUCUAGCCAUUUCAGGGCUUCUAAUCCUUCCUUUCCUCUACCUUUCUUUGCGAAAACAGUCUAAACACAAAACCAAUACCAAGAAACUACCGCCGGAGCCGCCCGGCGGUUUGCCGAUCCUCGGCCACCUUUACCAAUUCAGCAAAGAAACUCAUCUGGUGAAGACGCUGGCAACCAUGGACGACAAAAUCGGCCCGGUUUUCAUCAUCCGCCUGGGCCUCCCCCGCGUCCUCGUCGUCAGCAGCUGGGAAGCCGUCAAGGACUGCUUCACCACCAACGACAAGGCCCUCGCCGGCCGCCCAAACAUAUGCGCCGGCGUAUACCUCGGCUACGACAACGCGGCGUUGGCCUUCACCAACGGCGCGUUUUGGCGCAGGAUGCGGAAAAUGGUCGUCGUCGAGCUCCUCUCCACCACGAAACUCGAGAAGUGGAAACACAUUUGGAUCUCGGAGAUGAACCUCUCGGUCAAACAACUUUACGGUUCGGUGACGAAGAACCGCAAGGUGGAGGUGGACAUGGAGGAAUGGAUUGGAUACGUGAACUUAAAUUUCAUCUCGAAAAUUGUGGCGAAGAAAAGGUACAACUACUCCGUGGAACACGGGUUCGACAACCAGGAUGCGGUGGUUCUGAGACAGGCGUUUAAGGAUUUCAUGACGCUGACCGGAGAGUUCAGCUCGGCGGACGCGUUCCCGUUCCGGAUAUUUCACUGGUUGGACAUCGAAGGGCUUGUCCGAACCAUGAAGAAAGUUUCCGACGGAACGGACGUGAUUCUUCAAGGCUGGAUCGACGAACAUGUACGGCGAGGAGACCUCCCCGCCGGCGAAGAUCCUGACUUCAUCGACAUCAUGAUGAAGGAGGUGGACGAGGAAUUCCUCGCCGGUCAGAAUUACACUCGUGACAUUAUAAUAAAAGCAACUGCAGUGGCGAUGCUUCAAGAUGCGGCAGAGACCGCGGUGUCCAACAUGGUAUGGAUAAUGGCGAUGUUACUGAACCACAAAGACGUAAUGAAGAGGAUUCAAGAAGAGAUAGACACCAAAGUGGGGAGAGAGAGAUGGGUGGAGGAUUCCGACACCGACAACCUAGUAUACCUCCAAGCAGUGGUCAAAGAAUGCAUGAGGCUAUACCCCGUCGUCCCUUUCAUCGUACCGCACGAAGCAAUCCAAGACUGCGAGGUCUGCGGUUACCACAUCCCAAAGGGCACGCAGUUAUUCGUGAACGUGUGGAAGCUACACCGCGAUCCUAAGAUAUGGCCCGAGCCCGAAAAAUUUAAGCUCGAGAGAUUCUUGACCGAGUCGGUCCCGGACGGUCUGGCCCGGCAAUUCGGGUGGAUGCCGUUCGGGUUGGGGAGAAGAUCGUGUCCCGGAUCUGGGUAUGCGUUGAAGAUGGCGCACUUCAUAUUUGCGAGGUUGCUUCAAGGCUUCGAUUUCGCCACGCCUUCGGGCAUGCCCGUGGACAUGAGUGAGGGCCCGGGGAUUACUAUGCCCAAGGCUAAACCGAUAAAAGCACUGCUUACGCCGCGCCUGCCCGCCGCAAUCUAUGAGUCGUCCAAUUGAGAGUUUAAGGUUUCAUUGUUUGAAUUUGGGACAUAACGAAAUCGUUCGAGGUUUAAUUUAAUUUAAUGUUGUUUGUUGGAAAAAUAAAGUGGGGUUAGCGGUUAAUUACUUGAUCCCUAAUCCCUAGCUUGUAAUAAUGCAUUUGUGUGUAUUCUGUUUAUUUAUGCACUAAGUUUAUCAAAUGUUAAUUACAUGGAGUAUGUGACUUUCUCUUUU